AUGGCAUUGGAUAAAAUAGUUUCGAGCGUGGAGUCUAAUUGGCAAGGUGGAGGAGCCCUUCGAAUCGUCGCAAUGCUUACCACUCGACUGCUUAGCGUCUCUUCUCAUGAGAUUGUCCAAGAACGCUGUCUUCAACUACUUCUACGUAUUCAGUUUAUUACCAUCGCGUGGACCAGAGAUGUUAUCAACACUCUCCAUAAUUGCCAAGAAGAAACUGAACUCGAAUCGAUCGAAAUUCUUGCCCUUGAUUUGGCAUUGACGUGUAACGGCACUUUUGACGUUGACAUGCACCAUCUGGAAAUCAUGCUAAAGUCCGUCGAAACCCAGGCAAUUUUCGUCGAAAGUAUGAUUACAGUUCAGGAUAGGUGCCCUGCAUCUGCCGCUCGUCUUAGAAUUGUUACUCAGAUGUGCUUGAGGCGCUUUGAUAGGAUAGCUCAUCGUGCCGAGCGAAUUUUGCGCGAUAUUAUUGUCUGUGAGGCGAAAGGGAUCAACAUAGCUAUUCAAUUGCUCUGGUCAAGUUACGAAGCGGGGAUCGACUGGACAGCGCUUGAAACUCCAAACGAACGAUGGCUGAGAACAAAAACAGCAGAGACUGAUUGUCAAGUGUCUGUCUCUGUUGAAUUCAACGUUUUGACUGGGGAGUUACUCAUCAAUGGAUUCCCUCUAGCUCGUCUACCUCGCAACUACGAGGCUCACGACACAUAUAAGCGGCUCUUUGGACAGAAAAUGUUGGAUGUCAUUCCAUCGACUAUGCCCGGUAUGAAUUUUGAGACUAGGAAAGCCGUGUGCAACCAAGAGGUUCACUUCAACAUGAUAGGCAACGAAUUAAUUGUACGAACUCGCAGAAAGGACGAAUGUUUUGAAGUUAUUCCUAAAUCUGCCUUAACAAACGAUUUCACGAAUCCUUUCAUAGAGAACUACAUUUUCAUGCGCAAUGACAUAUCUGGAGUGGUGCAAUUGAGACCAAUCAAAGAGCCUUGGAUUUCUCCGAAGAACGGGUGGCAGAUUACAGUCUCUCCGAAGCAACAAUUCUAUUUGUCCAAUGGAUUGAUGACGGUCAUCGAUAUUCGGAGUCCAUCAGCUAUUGCAAUAUCGGAUAUCUUACAACCAUUGGAGGAUUUGAAACAUAUUACCAUGAUACACAAUCGAUGCGAUGAGAGAUUGGAGAUACGCCUUUCACGCUUUAACCUUGACUUCUACCAAAUCCUGGGGAGCUCAAAAUUGGAGUCGAAACAAUUUCGUGGAAUGUUCGUGGACGAAAAUCAAACUAUUGGCACUUUCACUGGCUUGGUCAAUAAACUUGUGCUAUGCAGCAAUGACAAAUCAAAGCGAAUCAUCAUCAUUCCCGAUGGAGAAAUUCUCUUUACACCGCAUAAUGGCCAUGUCAGGGUGAACAUCAGCAUAGAAUCUAAUAGUUACUGUACUUAUCAUGACUACAAAAUCGAUGCUCAACUUGGUCGGCUGAUUGAUAAUGGGAGCCUCAGGGCUCGCCUAUUCAGGCUGUACCUGCACGCGUUAACCUCCGACGUUCUUCCUGAUACUCUUACUGGAAGGACUGGUACAGAAGAAGCCCUAGAAGGGUUGUCUUCUGCGGCUGUAUUGUCAUUCUAUACUCUUUCCUCUAGCGAGAUAGAAUUGCUUCUCAAAUUGAGGGACUUGUCUCUAAAACUGGUUUACUAUCCAAAACAUAAACAGUCCAUGCAAAAUGCUUCAUGGUCAGCAUUACCGACACUUUCUCAACAUGAAGGAUUUAGCACAAAGGUCGAAAGCAUUUUUGCAUAUGCAAAAUCUUUGAUACCGUUUCAGGAUGAGCUGAUUAGGCAAACAGAGAUUCCAGAACCAGAUAGCCGCAGUGACGCUGGCUUGAUUGAUAUGGCCGCAAUUAGAAAUGCCGUCUAUCGUGUGGAUGGUUUUGGAGCAGAGAAGUUUACUGCCAACCAGGAUAAAGAAUACAGCUCUCGUGACGGGAACCGUGAAGCAAAACGACGAGCUGAUAUUCAUAAUAUUGCAGCACUGGUUGAUUCUUGGCCACGGAAUCUUAAAGUUUCCAAGGAUUUACAAAGAAUAAUGGAAUCGCUACCCGGUUGCAUCAUCGGGCCUUCUACAGACACGGUGGAUAUUCUUGGUUAUGACGAAAAAUGGUUAGAUGCACCCUCGGAAUUUCUGCCUGAUCAUUGGUUCGCGAUAUAUCAAAAGCUGUCAGCCUGCAACGAAAGUCAGGACAAGUAUAAGGUCAUGAUUUUCUUGUCAACAAUAGUCUUCUCGCAAAAAGCAGAUGAAGAGCUUGUUCACACACUUCUUGCAUUUGCCACUAACCCCGCUUUUCGCCGGAUACAAAUUCCGAAAUAUCAGUACUUUAUUCUUUCAGAGGGUUUCGAGCCAAAUGAGCACAGCGUGGCCGAUGCCGUCGCUUCUAGAAUUAGGAGUUACGCGGACACUCCGGCAAGCGAACUUGUUAGGCGCGAGUCUGAGACUGGAUAUCAAGCCAACAUUCGCCGGAGACAGAUGUACGAUGAGUGCCAAGAACGCGCCAUUCGAACGGGAGUUAGGUCUCUUAUUACACAAUGGCCAACGGAGAGGCUCAUUACUUCGACAGAUUCGAACUUCUGUGCAUACAUAGAUGUCAUCGAGGCGACUGCAGUUGCUCAGAUUUUUUUUUCGGCUUGGUUUCGAAAUUACGAGUUCAGAAGGUUCAUUAAGCAAGUACAAAUAGUACUUGAUACAAUAUGUCUACUUGAGCACUCAAGUAAACCAUGGAAUGAUUAUACGAAGCCCAAAAGCAGCUAUAGCCCAAAAUUAACAUAUGUUGCACUCAAAAACCUUUUGAAAAACACGCCGCCAUUAUUCUUUGACAUCAUUCCAUUAUCUCAGUUCAAAUCACUUACAACAAAAUCCAAAUUUUCUAGGAAUGAGAAUGAUCAUAGAAAGGUAUCAGAGCUCUUAUUCGAGCUUUCUCAGUCCACUUCUGGUAAUUUUGAGGCACAAUACUGCAAUCAUUUACGACAAAGUCUCAAUGCUUUGAGCCAAAUGCCAUGUGUUCAAUUAGCUCCUUUCUCAAGCCACAUUCUUGCAACUUAUUUAAACCAAUGUCGGCUACUGGUACAAAGAAUGUACCACAGAAUUUUAGAGCAACUACUGUCUUCAGUCAGUGCUUUUGGGCCAACUGAGAGUACGACAAUGCUGCCUCGUCUGUCCAAAAUUACCAUUCUUUCUCUUAUCGCGGAAUCUCACUCAAUCGAGCUUUCAUUGCAAUGGAAACGUGCAAUCGUAUGUUUUGGUCUCGCUAUGACCGCCUUACAGCGUGCGGAGCGUAUGGUAGCUUGUUCUGAUAAUCAAGCAGAAGUCAACACAGAGCUCUGCAAUCCGGGACACGAAGGUUGGGAUCCAAUUUUACACCCGGAUUGGCUGCUCCUUGAAUUGGAAAAUGGAAUUUUGAUACGCCAGGAACAGGCUAAUAUCAGCAAAGAAAUGAUUGAACCAUCAUCAGGCGCAAACUCAGUAAUGCAAUUGAACAUGGGGCUUGGUAAAUCUUCAGUCAUUGUUCCAAUCGUGGCAUGUGCGCUGGCAGACAAGAAAAAGCUUUGUCGUGUCGUAGUUCUUCGCGCAUUAUCUAAACAGAUGAUGGAACUGCUAGUAAGAAAGCUUGGUGGUAUGAUUAAUAGGCGCAUCUUCUUCCUCCCUAUCUCACGUGCACUUCAAAUAAGUGUUGAGGAGGCAAAGCAGCUGCGAAAAAUAUACAAAAGUUGCAUGGAUUGUGGUGGCGUACUUCUUGUGCAGCCAGAGCAUCUAUUGUCAUUCGAAUUGAUGGGCCUCGACAUGGCGCUUUCCGGGGAUAAAGAUGCUAAAGCUGGUAAGAUUAUCAAUGAUACCCAAGAAUGGCUGCUUCAAAAUUCUCGGGAUAUCCUAGAUGAGAGUGACGAAAUACUCAACGUGCGAUUUGAAUUGAUUUAUACUGUUGGUCGGCAAAAGCCUAUCGACUUUGCUCCCGACCGUUGGAUCUUGAUUCAACGAGUAUUGGAGAUAUUAAAUUCCAAAGUUCAAGAUCUUGAUCAGGAAUAUCAACGUGAUCUCGAGUUGGAAAAGUUGCCUGGCAAUGGUUCCUUUGCGCGGUUCCGAGUUUUGCGGCCUACAGCUAGUGAUAUCCUUCUCAAGAGGACGGCGCGAUGUAUCUGUGAUCAAGGGCUUCCCGGAUUAUCUCUUUUCCACUUCACUAAAAGGGACAGAGAUCUUCUUUAUCGGUUUAUCACAGAUCCGAAAGUAAAUGAAAAAGAUUUAAAGGGCCUGCAGAAUUCGGCAUUUGCUACUGAACCCAUCAAGAAGGGUCUGUUACUUCUUAGAGGUCUUUUUGCACAUGGGAUUCUACACUUUGUCUUUUCGCAGAAGAGAUGGCGGGUAAAUUUUGGGCUGGAUUUGAAGCGUUCGUCUCUGUCAGUCCCAUACCACGGGAAAGAUGUUCCUGCAGCUCGCUCCGAGUUCAGCCACCCGGAAACGUCCAUCAUUAUGACUUGCCUUGCUUAUUACUAUAAAGGGCUAUCGGAAAGUCAGGCAAUGGAAUGCUUCCGAGAGCUUUUGAAAUCGGACAACAGCCAUGGAGAAUACGAGAGGUGGAUGAAGAAUUGCUCCGAUGUUAAAGAGAGAUUCAAGCACUUAAAUGGGGUCAAUCUCAGCGACUUUCACCAAUGGCAUGAAAAUAUUUAUUUGCAUUUGCGUCGUUCCAAAGAAAUGACGGAUUUUUAUCUUAACCAUCUGGUUUUUCCCAAGCAAAUGAAGGAAUUUCCGAAGAAGCUUUCUUCAUCGGGAUGGGACAUUGCCCGCACUAAAAAACAUCCAGUUACUGGUUUCAGCGGAACCAAUGACAGCAAAUAUAUUCUGCCGCUCUCUAUACAGCAGCGAGAUCUGCUGGAACAACUUUCAACGAAUGCGGAGGUUCUCGCAUGCUUGUUGCGUCCUGAAAAUCAAUUCGAUUCUACCAUCACGGACGAAGAAUUCAGUGCAGAAGUUCUUAUCAAAUUGGCAAUUACGUCGAAACCUGCAGUUAGAGUUAUCCUCGAUGUGGGUGCACAGGUGUUGGAACUACGGAAUGAGGAAGUUGCAAGUCGAUGGUUGUCACAACUUCCAGCAACUGAAGUACAAGGCGCGGUGUUUUUUGAUCCUUCAGAUGAACUUUGUGUUCUGAACCGUGAUGGUGCAAUGGAGUCACUCUCUGUCUCAUCGUUUGCCAAGCAGAUGGACAGAUGUGUCAUCUAUCUUGACGAAGCUCACACGAGAGGGACGGAUCUAAAAUUACCAGUCGAUUAUCGUGCCCUCGUCACACUUGGCCCGGAUUUAAAUAAGGAUAGACUUGCACAAGCAUGUAUGAGAAUGAGAAAGUUGGGAAAGGGCCAAUCCGUAGUAUUCUGUGCGCCGAUAGAUAUACGACGAAAGAUUUUAGAAUGUGCAAAGAGGACUGUGUCUCAUGAAAUCGAAGUCAGGGAUGUACUUUUGUGGUGUAUCAAAAACACAUUAGAUCACAUUCGAAAAUGUGUUGUCCCUUGGGCCAUUCAAGGAAAGCGUCAUUAUGAACGACUUGCGAUAUUAAGUGAAAAUCCCGGUAUCAUUCCCGAGUCUAUACAAGAACCGGAAUCACAAACUUUGGAAGAGAGAUACGGGCUUGGGAAAGAGGAAGCAGACGAGCAUUGGCUGGGUAGAAGAAUACCCAACACAGGAAAGCGAUAUAACAAGGAGCUCGCAGAUAUUCGGCAGAAAUGUAUCGACUUCAACUCAACCUCUUUUGCAGGUGCCAGCUUUCACGAGGAACAAGAGCGUGAGUUACAGCCAGAAAGGGAAAAUGAGGUACAGCCAGAGCAUGCUCCUCAUGUUCUCGCUAGUGCACAUCAUUUACACCCUGACGUUGAAAAAUUAGUUAUGACAGGUACCAUGAGGCUUAGGAAUACCGCUGACCGUGGCUUCAUCCCUGCUUUUGAUCUGUUCAGAUAUACUUCCGCGAAGAAACUUUUGGAUGAUUGCAAAUGGCCCGAAAAUCUCUGGAUCACAUCAGACUAUGCAAAAACUGUUGAAAUGUCCAAAUUCGACGAAAAGGAUUUUUUCUUACGCCCUGUUCACUGGAUUGUAACAUUUAAGCAGAAAAAUGAAACUUGUUGCGUGGUUUUCAGUCCUUUCGAAGUUCAAAAACUACGUCCCUUUAUUGAAGAAUAUAAAAACGUCACCCUGAGCAUUUACUCUCCACGUCUAAGUCUCUCUCUACGAUCAUUCGAAAACCUAGAUAUCCACACCAUUCCGCCAAUAUCAUCAUCAUGGACCAUCCCAUCAUCAAUCACGCAGCUCAAUCUUUUCGCAGGACAACUAUAUCUUCGCAGCUUCGAUGAAUAUAUUUGUCUCUGUCAAUUUCUUGGACUUUGUCAUUAUUCACCUGAAGGUGAUAUCGAGAUUGCAUGUGAUAAUUUUGUUCCGGUUUCUAGUCGUGCGGCUUUUGAUCCCAUAAUGGAGGAGGUAUGUCCGUUUGUGGAAAGUCCGGUGGGGUUUUUACGAAAGGUUUUUGCGUUGAGACGGAAGGGGCAGAGUUUCAAUGAUACGCAUAUGGGUAGGAUUUUGAAUGGGGACUUGUUGUUGAGGAAGGAUUUUGAUGAGGAAGUGUAA